CUGGUGAGUAUAUACAAAAAAUUAUGCAAAGCUACCGGCAGCAAGCACCUUCCGUAAUAUGAUGUUCUCCGGCCCCUUCCUCUCCUCCGUCUUCCUUCUAUCCCCCUCUUUCAGCUCUAUACAGCUCCCAACCACCAAUGCUCAAUGGAUACAUUCCAAGAACAAUACCUAUCCUUCAUCCAAGUGCCCGACCAAACCGUCCCAUUAUCCGCCCCCGAAUGGCCCAAAACCCACCAUCCCCAGGCGAUAUCCUGGUUCAAGCACCUCCGCUGGACAAUAACCAGCAUGACCACCAAAUCCAUCCAAGCCAUCGAAGCAGCCCUACACCUCUACGAAAAGACCUCCCACAAAGACUCCCCGCGAUACACCAAACUCCGCGAAUCCGUUCCGAGGCUUCUCGAAUGGUGGGACAACUUCAUCCCCGUGACGCAGCUAUCGAGAUUCUUCCUUCUCACCGUGGUCGAGUUCAUGAUGAGUCUGGGGGACUUGGUUAAUGUGGAGGAAAUGUAUCUCACAAGUGGGGGCGUGGACUCGAAUUCUGGUUUCGUGAGAGAGAUGCUGGAGGUUAGGAAGAGUGCGCGGACGGUGAUUUAUGAAGGGUUUAUUAUUGGGAGGUUGGUGCAGGAGGCUGUCUUCAGGUUUGAGGAUCUUGGGGAGGGGUAUACUGCUGAUCAGAUGUUUGUGGGUUUGCCAGGGGGGUUUCCUUUUCCUGAGGGGAAGUUUUGAGUUGGAUUAUUAUACUGGUGAUAAAUGUUUUUGUUUUGGUGGCCUUGUGGCCUUACACAUGGACAUGUCAUUAUGCAAAUACCGG